CCAGCGUCAACACUCUACACUUCCGUUCCAACCGUCAAACAAAUCAAGACUCGACCGAGAAAAAAAAAUGUCCAAAAACAUCCUCGCCAUCCUCCCUGCAACAAGCACCCAAGGCCUCUCUCUUGCCAUGCAUAUCCUCUCCUCCCCUUCCCUCUCCAGCAAGUACACCAUCCGCGCUCUGGCCCGCAACCCCUCGCACCCCUCGCUCCUCCCCCUCUCCACCCAAGGCGUCGACACGGCUUACGCCGACAUGUCCGUCCCAUCCUCCCUCACCUCCGCGCUAGCAGGUGUAUCGCACCUCUACCUCGCGACCCUCACCACCCCCAACUACAGCCAAACCCGCGCCACCGAAAUCCAACAAGUCAAAACCGUCUGCGCCGCCGCCCUCGCCGCGGGGGUGCAAUAUAUAGUGUUUAGCUCCAUGUCGCACCCGCUCUCCCUGUCUUUUGGUAAACUCAGGAACGUGGACCACUUCGACGUCAAGGCCGAGUGCGAAUUGUAUAUUCGCAGACUACCGCUGCGGAGUGCGUUUGUGGCGCCGGCGAGUUUUAUGCAGAAUCUAACUGGUGUGACGAGGCCGCGGUUGGCAACCGGCGAGGGAGAAAGGGAAAAGGGCGUGUACGAAAUGCCCAGCAUACUUCCUUCCGACACAAAAGUACCGUAUAUUGAUAUUACCGAGGUGGGAAAAUGGAUCGGAGCUGUUUUUGAGGAUCCGGAUAGGUUUGCGGGUAGGACGUUGAUGGCAGCCGAGGCGUUUUAUACACCCCAACAGGUUGCGCGGAUUGUGGCAAAGGUUACGGGCAAGGAAGUGAGGCAUGUGCAGGUGGGGGAUGAGGUUAUGAAAGGGCGGUUGCACGAGGGGAUUAGGGAGCAGUUGUAUGAGAUGAAUGUGCUGUUUAGGGAUUAUGGGUAUUUUGGGGAGGGAGAGGAGGACGAGGUUGCGUGGGCGAGGGCGCAGGUUAAGGGCGAGGUGACGGGGUUGGAGGAGUUCUUGAGGAGGAUAGAGUAUAAGCUUGAGUGA